CAACUCCGUACAUGGCUGACGUUACUGUAGUCAAACUUGGAUUAACCUGGGGCCAAUUGAUGAUAAUAUCCUCCUUCCAUGCAUGGGCUUCUAUUGUCAUGGUUUAAAAUUUUAAAAAAAAAAUUUAAAAAUUUGAAAUCAACAACAAUUUGGGAUUAAUCACUUCUCCUCCUCAUACGUACUGAGAAAUUGGUAGCAUUCCUGGACAUGUCCAGCCUCUCCCAUCUUAGUUGUGGCCAAUGUAGAUUGAUUCAACUGUAUGCAAUUUGCAGGGGCACUUGAAAGACCACACAGACUUCUUGAGCAUAUCCGCCGCGACAAUCCUCAGCUGGCAUGGGCUAUCGUAUUUCUUCGCUUGAUGGGAGAACAGCGAUUCAUGCUGUUCCGUUGUCCGUGCCGCAAUCACCGUUGAGAGGUUUCAAUUGUUCACGACAACAACUCUCCACGGUUAACUUGAAGCAUCCUCGCCCAACACCAUGCGGCUUUUGCUUGAGGAGACAUGAAGCCAGCUGCACAUCAUAAGUUGAAAUACAUGCUUUCAUUAGCUAGGCAAUAGAAUGUUUUUCUUGUUCCUUUUCUUGGUUAAGGAUGACCGGUAACUAAACCUCCGGGACAACGUCUUGUAGGGACCGUUUCAGCGUCAGUCGCCCCCACUCCACCAGAAAAUGGCCUACCUGUGGAAUCUUUGGAUACGUGAGCCACACCUUUGCAACUUCCACUCCUUCAGUCCUCCGCGAAAUGAGACUCGCGCGUCCCAAGUAACCCUUGUAAGUUCUCGUCUCUUCAUCGUCUGAAGUCUGCGAUCUUGCAGAAGUCUACCGAUCUUUAGACUUCCGCAUGACGAGACGAGACUUUGGACUCAUCAACGGUCUCAUGUGUGCCUCUUCCGCUUGUGGCGCCCCUCACAGAUGUAUGCUAGGCCGUCCCUAGUUUUCUAUUAUGUUGCGUUGUCUCGUUUCCUUUGGAAGAAACGCUUCAAGAGUUACACAAAACAAGUGUUUCUGGAUAAUUCAUUCUGAUUUAGGAUAAAUCAUAGUGUUUUUAAUAUGCGCAUUUGCUUAUAGCUGAUGACCAGGUCAGAAGUCUUGACCGUUGUCGAUCAGGGCCAUAAUUA